GUAGUUAGCAUUUCCCAGUAUCGCAUUCAUGGCGACAUAGUAACUGCAAAAUGGCGUCAUACAACAUAAAAUCCAAUAGGUCCUCAUGCCCCAGCAUCCAGGGAACCCCCUAUUAAACGCCGAAAUAAUGUUCUCAUCCACUCGCCAUGCGCAUCUCUUUCUCUCUCUUCCUAUUUCUAUUCCUCAUUUUACCCGCCGCUUCCAGAAUCUCGCUGCCUCGUUUCACUCGCGCCCCCAGAACUUCACAAGAAGAAAAACUCAUUGCUCUUUCUCGCGGUCAAUAAUGGGUUCUCUCUCUGGUCUCAACGGUCCUUUUAGCUAUCCACUUGCUCGCCGUGACGAGUCCGUCGUUGACGAUUAUCACGGCGUUAAGAUUGCCGAUCCUUACCGAUGGCUUGAAGAUCCUGACGCUCAGGAAGUGAAAGAGUUCGUCGAAGAGCAAGUGAAAUUAACGGAAAGUGUGUUAAAGAAAUGCGACACAAGAGAAAAGCUUCGCGAGAAAAUCACAAAGCUAUUUGAUCAUCCGCGAUACGAUGCGCCGUUUAAGCGAGGGGAUAAACAUUUCUAUUUCCAUAACACUGGACUCCAAGCUCAAAAUGUUCUCUACGUGCAGGAUAGUUUGGAGGGUGAAGCUGAGGUUUUACUUGAUCCAAAUGCGCUUAGUGAGGAUGGAACGGUGUCUUUGAAUACCUUUUCGGUUAGUGAGGACGCUAAGUAUUUGGCAUACGGGCUUAGUUCAAGUGGGAGUGAUUGGGUGACAGUUAAAGUUAUGCGUAUUGAGGAUAAAAGAGUUGAGGCUGAGACUUUAUCUUGGGUUAAAUUUUCAGGUAUUAGUUGGACACAUGAUAGUAAAGGGUUUUUCUAUAGCCGGUAUCCAGCUCCCAAAGAAGGAGAAAAUAUAGAUGCUGGGACAGAGACUGAUUCUAAUCUUUAUCAUGAAUUAUACUAUCAUUUAUUGGGUACGGAUCAAUCUGAAGAUAUACUAUGUUGGAAAGAUCCUGAAAACCCCAAAUAUAUGUUUGGAGCUAGUGUAACGGAUGAUGGGAAGUAUCUCCUCCUGUAUAUUGAUGAGAGCUGUGAUCCUGUCAACAAAGUAUACUAUUGCGAUAUAUCUGCCUUUGCUGAAGGUCUUGAAGGUUUCAGAGGAAGAAAUGACCUGCUCCCAUUUACUAAGCUUAUUGAUAACUUGGAUGCACGGUACAUUGCCAUUGCAAAUGAUGACACUAGAUUUACUUUUCUGACUAAUAAAGAUGCUCCAAGAUAUAAGCUAGUCCGGGUAGACUUGAGGGAGCCAAGUAUUUGGACGGAUGUCGUCCCAGAAGCUGAGAAAGAUGUCCUAGAAUCGGCAUCUGCUGUUAAUGGUGAUAAACUGAUUUUAGGUUACUUGAGUGAUGUGAAGUAUGUCCUACAGGUAAGGGAUCUCAAAACCGGAUCCCUACUGCAUCAUUUACCAAUGGACAUUGGCACUGUUAAUGGGAUAUCUGCACGGCGGAAAGAUAGUACAGUAUUUAUUGGAUUUACUAGUUUUCUUACCCCUGGUAUCAUUUAUCAAUGCAAUUUAGAUUCUGAAGUUCCGGAGAUGGAGAUUUUCCGUGAAAUUAAUGUACCAGGAUUUGAUCGCACAGAGUUCUAUGUGGAUCAGGUGUUUGUUCCUAGCAAGGAUGGCACCAAGAUACCAGUAUUUAUUGUGGCCAAGAAGAACAUAAAACUGGAUGGAUCACAUCCAUGUUUGUUAUAUGGAUAUGGUGGAUUUAACAUUAGUCUGACGCCAUCAUUUAGUGUUAGUCGUAUUAUACUCACAAGGCAUUUGGGUGCUGUUUUCUGUAUUGCAAACAUUCGUGGAGGUGGAGAAUAUGGCGAGGAAUGGCAUAAAUCAGGCUCACUUGAGAAAAAGCAAAAUUGCUUCGAUGACUUCAUUUCUGCUGCUGAAUAUCUUGUAUCUACUGGUUAUACCCAACCGAGUAAAUUGUGCAUUGAAGGUGGAAGCAAUGGUGGGCUUCUUAUUGGAGCUUCCAUCAAUCAGAGACCUGAUCUUUUUGGUUGUGCUUUAGCUCAUGUUGGUGUCAUGGACAUGCUGCGAUUUCACAAGUUUACAAUAGGUCAUGCGUGGACUUCUGAUUAUGGCUGUUCAGACAAGGAGGAGGAAUUCCAUUGGCUAAUUAAGUAUUCCCCACUGCAUAAUGUGCGAAGGCCAUGGGAACAACCUAACAGUCGUCAUUGUGAGUAUCCAUCCACUAUGCUACUUACUGCUGAUCAUGAUGAUCGUGUUGUGCCGCUCCACUCACUGAAGUUAUUGGCGACCAUGCAGCAUGUUUUAUGCACAAGUUUGGAGAAUAGCCCCCAAACCAACCUAAUAAUAGGUCGCAUCGAGUGCAAGGCUGGACAUGGAGCUGGGCGUCCUACACAAAAACUGAUUGACGAAGCUGCUGAUCGAUAUAGCUUCAUGGCAAAGGUAUUGGACGCUACUUGGAUUGAAUAAUAGCAGACUAUGAUGUGAUAUAAAUAAGGAAGAUCGUUCCAGAGAUGA